AUGACAACAGGUGAUGAGGCCGACAUCGAGAUGGCGUCGACCGAUCGAGUCUCGGGAUCUUCAUCAUUGACAGCAGCCGACGAAACGAUAAGAGAAAUCGAACAACUAGCACGCCAAGUCACAAACGCAUCACACAUCCACGAUGCCAACACGCACUACGAUGUCUUGAACCCACCCAAGAACAGCUACCUCGACCCGAAUUCCUCAAACUUUGACAGCGUAGCAUGGACGCAGGCGUUUAUUCACCUCUUCGAAUCAGAUCCCAACUCAGCACCCAACAGGAGCGCGGGCGUCGCAUUUCGCGACCUUAAUGUCUUUGGGUAUAGCUCUGGGACGCGGUACCAGAAGAGCACGGGAAAUAUUGCGUUGAGUAUGGUAUCUGAUCUUGUUGGUCUUGCCACGGGGAGGUCGAGGAGACGGAUCGAUAUUCUGCGGGACUUUGAAGGCCUUGUUGAGCCUGGGGAGAUGCUGCUCGUGCUUGGUCCGCCUGGAUCGGGGUGUUCUACUCUUCUCAAGACGUUGGCUGGUCAGACUGAAGGUUUGAACGUCGCCCAAGACUCGUACAUGAACUUCCGGGGAAUCGAACCAAAGCGCAUGCACGACUGGUUCCGCGGCGACGUCCUCUACAACGCCGAGGUAGACGUCCACCUCGCGCCCCUAUCCGUAGGCGACACCCUCGAAUUCGCCGCCCGCGCGCGAGUACCCUCCCGCGUACCCGGAAAUCUCACGGGCCAACAGUUCGCGCGCAUCAUGCGCGACGUGAUGAUGGCGGCCUUUGGCAUCACGCACACUGUCAACACCAAAGUGGGCGACGAUUACGUGCGCGGGGUCUCGGGCGGCGAGCGCAAGCGUGUGAGCAUCGUCGAGGCGGCGCUGACCGGUGCCAAGUUCCAGUGCUGGGAUAAUAGCACGCGCGGACUGGAUAGCGGGAACGCGAUUGCGUUUUGUCGGAAUUUGAGGACGCAGAGUGAUUUGUUAGGGGUUGCGUCUGUUGUGGCGAUUUAUCAAGCGCCGCAGUCUGCGUAUGAUCUGUUUGAUAAGGUGACGGUGGUGUAUGAGGGGAGGCAGAUCUUCUUCGGCAAGAUUGGUGAAGCGAAGCGGUACUUUGAGGAGCUUGGCUUCCAGUGCCCCGAACGGCAAACCGUCCCAGACUUUCUCACGUCGAUGACGUCUCCGAACGAAAGAAAGACCCGACCAGGCCACGAACACCGCGCCCCUCGAACUUCUGAAGAGUUCGCCGCGAGAUGGAAAGCAUCCAACCAGCACGCAGGCCUCAUGGCAGACAUCGCAGCUUACGAUAGCAAUCACUCUUCAAAGGACCGCCUCGAAGCGUUCCAGGACAGCAUCAAAGCUGAGAGAAGUUCAUGGCAACGACUCAAGUCGCCUUACAUGAUCACAUAUCCGAGUCAAGUCAAGCUAUGUCUUUGGCGCGGGUGGAAGCGUCUGGUUGCCGAUCCUGAGUUCACGCUGUCUUCUCUAGUGUUCAACAUCAUUGUUGGCUUUGUGCUCGGAAGCAUGUUCUUCAACUUGAGGCAGGAUUCGGGGACGUUUUACUAUCGCGGUGGGCUCAUCUUCUUUGCUCUGUUAUUCAAUGCUUUUGCUAGUGAAAUGGAGGUCCUCACAUUAUACACUCAAAGACCCGUUAUCGAGAAGCACAAUCGAUACGCCCUCUACCAUCAGUCUGCGGAAGCUAUCUCAAGCUACAUCACCGAGUUACCAUACAAGAUCACCAACGUUUUCACGUUCAACUCGAUUCUCUACUUCAUGGCAAACUUAAACCGCGAGCCCGGGCCCUUCUUUUUCUUCUGCCUCGUCUCCUUUCUGGUGCUCCUCGCCAUGUCGGGCAUCUAUCGCACCAUGGCAUCCCUCGCACGCACUUCACAUCAAGCCAUGGUCCCCGUCACUCUCGUCACUAUCGGCGUAAUGAUGUAUGCCGGCUUCACAGUACCAACAACGUACAUGCAGGGGUGGUCGCGCUGGAUGGGCUAUGUCAACCCGCUCUCUUAUGCGUUCGAGGCGCUCAUGGCUAAUGAGUUCCAUGGUCGCCAGUUCCUAUGCGCUGGGCUCGUGCCGUCUGGCCCGGGCUAUGAUGAUCUCUCUAUAUCUGGUCGCACCUGCGCUGUUGUGGGCGCCAUACCGGGCUCAGAUAUGAUAAAUGGCGAUAGGUAUAUCGAGCAAUCUUUUGGGUACUUCAACGAUAAUAAGUGGAGGAACGUCGGCAUUCUGUGUGCAUACGUCGUGGUAUUCUUCAUCACGUACAUCAUCACUGCCGAGUACGCCAAGCCACCCAAGAGCGAAGGCGAAGUUCUUGUCUUCCGACGUGGCAAAGUACCUCCCGCGAUGGACCGGAAAGACCUAGCAGACGAAGAAACUCAAUCCCGCAAUGUGACUCUGACCGAGAAAGUUCAUGCCAUGCCGACAGAUGAGAUGUUGGAGAAAAGACCAAGACCGAGUGAGUGCGGUAAGCCAAUCUUCCACUGGGAAGAUAUCUGCUACGACGUCAAGAUCAAAGACCAGAACCGGCGCAUCUUGGAUUUCGUGGACGGCUGGGUGCAGCCAGGUGUUAUCACAGCUCUCAUGGGCGCCUCUGGUGCUGGUAAAACAACACUACUCGACGCUCUCGCGGCUCGAAUCACCAUGGGCGUGAUAUCCGGCGACACCAUGGUCAACGGCCAAACAACAGACAGAUCAUUCCCAAACCGCGUUGGGUACGUCCAGCAGCAAGACGUCCACUUGGACACCAUGACCGUUCGAGAGGCCCUCGAGUUCAGUGCAUUGCUGCGUCAAAAUGCCGAAACCCCUCGCGAGGCAAAGUUGGCGUAUAUUGACGAGGUAAUUGAGCUGCUCGACAUGCGCGACUUUAUAGAUGCAGUGAUCGGAGUCCCUGGGCAGGGACUCAACGUUGAACAGCGCAAACGUUUGACGAUCGGAGUCGAGCUCGCUGCUAGGCCGCAGUUGUUAGUCUUUCUGGAUGAACCUACUUCGGGGCUUGAUUCUCAGACGUCUUGGGCGAUCUGCGACCUGAUCGAAAAACUUGCAAAGAGCGGCCAGGCGAUUCUGUGUACUAUCCACCAGCCGUCUGCCAUGCUUUUUGCCCGUUUCGAUAGGUUGCUUUUGCUACAACGCGGGGGAAAGACUGUCUAUUUUGGAGAUAUUGGCAAGAACGCCAAGACGAUGAUUGAUUACCUCGAACGCAACGGCGCAUCGCCAUGCCCUCCUGAUGCCAACCCCGCAGAGUGGAUGCUGAAGGUUACCACGCUUUCCGAGGACGGACCGAAUUGGUAUGAGAUUUGGCGCUCAUCUCCAGAAUACCGCGAGGUGAAGAAUGAGCUUGGUAUUCUGCGUCAGCGGGCCCUAGACAAGCCCAUAGAACGAAUCGGAGAUGAUGAUGUCGCCGACCAGGAGUUUGCCUCGUCGUUCUGGACUCAGUUCAAACAUGUCUUUCUCCGUACAGCAAGGCACUUUUGGAGGUCUCCGGUGUACAUCUGGUCAAAGCUUACUUUAACUAUUCUUCUGGCGCUCUACAUUGGAUUCACGUUCAAGUCGGACAAUAGCUUGCAAGGCCUGCAGAACCAACUUUACGCCUUCUUCAUGUGCCUCACGACUGUCAACGAGUUCAGCAAGCAGAUCAUGCCCAUGUUCAUUCCACAGAGAGCUCUUUACGAAGUACGAGAGAGGCCGUCUCGCGUCUAUCGAUGGACCACAUACUUCCUCUCUAACAUCGCAAUCGAGAUGAUCUGGAACACCAUCGCCGCAGUCAUAUUCUUCUUCUGCUGGUACUAUCCAGCCAAAUUCUACCGCAACACCACCCCCGAAGACGUCACGAUCCGCGGCUUCACCGUCUUCCUCUUCAUCUGGAUGUUCUUCCUCUGGGUCAGCACAUUCUCCCAGCUCGCCAUCGCUGCAAUCGAGACAGCAGACCUAGCCAGUAUCCCAGCCAGCUUGUUUGCCAUCCUCUGCAUGUCUUUUUGCGGCGUGGGCGUCAUUCGCGCCGACCUACCCGCCAUAUGGAGCGACUUCAUGUACUGGGUCAGUCCCAUGACGUAUCUCGUAAGUGGUGCGCUGUCGACGUGUCUGCAUGGCUCCAAGGUCGUUUGCACGGCAAAGGAGAUCGUGUCUGUUCCGACUCCGAUGAACAUGACGUGCGGCGAAUUUCUGGGCCCCUUUGUUCAGCGCGCUGGUGGAUAUUUGGUGGAUGCUGCGGCGACGCAGACGUGUGGGUACUGUCGUAUGAAUACCACGGAUGAUUAUCUUGCGACUUUCGAGAUAAAUUACGACGAUAGAUGGAGGAACUUUGGGCUUUUGUGGGUGUAUGUUGUGUUCAAUGUUCUUGCAGCGUGUGGUCUCUACUGGCUCGUUAGGGUGCCCAAGGGGCAAGGGGUUGAACGGAAGUGA